AUGGAGGAAGCCGAGGGGGCCGCGGAGCAGCAGCGGCGCCGCCGGGCGGGGGCCGAGCGCUCGCCGAGCCCCGGCCGCCUGGACGUGAGCUCCAGCCGCUUCGACCCGCUGCUGGCGCUGUACUCGGCCCGCACGCCGCUGCCCUUCCCCGGCGCCCCGUGCUUCAACAACCUCGCCGAGUACGAGAGCUUCCAGCGCGGCCUGCUCCGCCCGCGGGGCCGCCGCCCCGCCGCUGCCGCCGCCGCCGCCGCCCGCCGCGGCCCCUCCGCCCGCUCCGCCCGCCGCGGCCCCGCCGCCGCCGACCCCGAGCGCAUCCAGCGGCUCCGCAGCCUCAUGGUCAACGCCGGGCCCGAGCAGGAGGCGGCCGCGGGGGGAGCGGCGGCUCGGCGCAGGAGGGCACCGCGCAACGUCCUCACCAGGAUGCCCCUCCACGAAGGCAGCCCGCUCGGGGAGCUCCAUCGCUGUGUCCGAGAUGGCGUAAAAAUCAAUGUUCAUAUCCGCACUUUCAAAGGGCUUCGUGGAGUCUGCACAGGGUUUUUGGUUGCAUUUGACAAGUUCUGGAAUAUGGCCCUGACAGACGUGGAUGAGACAUACAGGAAACCAGUACUGGGCAAAGCUUUCUAUGCAGAACCUCAGCUCACACUAACCCGGCUGUUUGACAGACUCAAACUGCAGGAGUCCUCAGUAAAGAAGGGAGCUGACUCAAAGACUGUCUCGGGGGAGCUGGCCCUGACAAAUGACUCUCAGACGCUCGGAUGGAAAGCUGGAUCGGGACGAGGGAGAGCAGAAGAUGAGCGUGAGAGGCAGAAGCGCUUGGGCAGAGCUGGAGAAAAGAAGACGCCAGGUGACAGUCUGCAUCUGGCAGUCAGAGGUGAAGCUGAUGUGGGGAGCGGGACUGCUCACACAGAGGGUGCCAGCGCUGGUGGUACCCGCGCAAGAAGCCAGUCACGGAGAAAAAGGAGGCCCAAAGUGGAUUAUCAACAGGUGUUCACGCGUCACAUAAACCAGAUUUUUAUUCGAGGAGAGAAUGUCUUGCUUGUCCAUUUAGCACAUUAACUUGGCUGAGCCUUCAUCAGUGUAUUUAUUUGAUAGCAUGAAUUGCCGCUGCAGCUCUCGUUACUAUUUAGCAUUCUUGUUAAGUAUCAUGGUACUGUGACUGGUUACCCGUUACUGUAACAAGGUAGGGGAAGUGUUUCUAACUGGAGCACCCUGAGCUUAUUGCCAAAGCAGCCUCCUUCAAUCUAUGCUGGGGGUCUCAGGACAAGACCAGCAGCAUGCUUUUUUUCUGUGAGAUGAGGGAGGUAAACUCAGACCCCACUGCUCCUUAAAAAGUAAAAUGAAGCAAAGUCAAGAGGAUUGGUGGGGAGUUUUGGUGUACUCAGGUAUAGGAGCUAAUUGUGGCCUACAUUUGAGGAGCUUAAGAUUAGUUCUCCACCUGGAAUGAACCACAGAUGCUGCUUGCCACGUUCUGAGUAAUCUCAUGAGAAAAUAGCUAACGAAACCAGCAGUUUAUCUACCACCAUUACGUGGAUGUCUUCUCUUCCAGACAUAAUUCUGACAGGCAUUUUGAAACGGUCUAUAAAAAGGUGGAGUGACAUACUACUGAUGGCGAUUAGCCUCUUCAUAGUUAGCUCUGAAAAGCCCUGUGUGAUAGAAGACCUCUUCCCUUAAUUGGACUGCUCUUUUUCUGUGAACGAGUGUAGGAUUUUAACUUGUUUCCAAUAUCAAAGCUUACGCUUCUAUUUGUAAUGCCGUGCUUUUGCUGUGCGUCACCAGCAAGCAGCUAACGUAGCUGAUCCAGGGACCUCCUUUUAUGGAGUUUAUCUGUGAAUGUUGUACUUUUAUCUUUCACCCAUUUGGUUCUUAUUGUGAUAGUGAAGUUUACAAAGACGUAGUUUUUCUUCUCAGAUAUAAGCGUUCGUGCUGAGCACAGUUGUACUGUAUCUAAGCGCCUUUCGAGUUCCCUCUAAUGAAACUAGAGGUGCUGUGUCUUCAGCUGUUCUCAGAAAGCAGAAAUCUUCACUAGUCUUUCCUAUCUGUAUGAAUGAUGCAUCACCGAAUUCCAGCUGUACUGAGCUUUGGAGGUGUGCCUAAAACUGUUAUGAAGUAUAAAAGUCAAACUCGCCUCAUCAGUGGUUUUAUUUUAAGCAUCGUUCUUAAGCUGCUGCAGAUCAGGUCAGGCUUCUGCAGGCAUAAACUGCCUUCCAAGAGCUACGUGGAAAAGUUUGAGGGUACACGAAGCUGUUACAUUACCUAGUCUGUUCUCUUGGAUGUCAGAGGACACUAGAUUUCACACUGCUAUUCCUGGAUUCAUCUCAACCACCUUAGGCUUUGCAGCAGCUCCUGUGUUUAAGAUGAAGAUGUGAAAUUGCCAGGACAGUGGUUAGACAAGACAACUGGUAGAACUUUCUAGUGCUUUAUAGCAGGUCUUUUAUUGCGUUUUGAGGUUGUAAGUCCUCAAACUAAGUGAUUGUAUUCUUGAAAGUCGGUAUUUCUGUUGCUUCAAGUGCAGCAUAUUGCUUGCUUCUCAUUAGGAAUAUGUCUGGUGCUUGGGUGAAUUACAGAAAUCAUUUAGCAGGAGUUCCUGGACAUGCAGAGCAGCUGUAUGCCUCUGGGGGAGCCUGAAACUGUUACGUCAAUGUUUCAGAUGACAUGGGGCUUGGAUGACUGAUCAGCUCAGCCCCUGAGCUGCAAACCCAAGUUCAGACUGGGACAAAAGUGCCUCAGAUUAAAAAGUACUGUAGAGGCAAAAAAAGAAUGUUUAUGAUUUCUUAUACAUAGUUUCAUCGCUGUAAUCCCUUCCUACUAUGAACUGAAACCAGGCACUGAAAAGAUUCUUCCUUUGGAUGUUUUUCCUUCCUCUCUUUUCGUGCUGUUCUUGUUUGUAUGGUUGUGGUCCACUGUUGUCCCACCUCUCCCCUCCUCUCCCCGCCACCUUUUUCCCUUCUUCUUUCAGUAUUUUGUCUCCUCGGGAUGUUCCUUUCUAAACUCUGGUUUAGGAAGAUUGUUCUUUUAUUCACCCUUACUUGUCCUGGUUUUCUGAACCUUUCCUAGUUGGCUUUCUGUGCACUUGACAACUGACCGGAAUCCUUCCAGUCCUUGGAAACAAGGACUUUAUUUCUGUUCUCAUCAGCUUUUAUUGCAAAUUAAUGUUUUUCAUCUUUUUUUUUGGUUGUAUGUGUGUUGUUUUUUUUUUUUUCCCUGUGCUUUCUGACCGUUUUGGUUUUAUUUCAGUUUCUUGGGAUGACCAUCUUUGCCUCUUCCAUUCAUGAAUGCCAAAGGCUACUGGUUUUGACACCUCUCCUCUUUUGUACUUGACCAAAGGGUGUCAUAUCUCUCACUCAGGCCUAUGUACUAUGCCAUCCCAUUGAAUUCUUGCUUUUCUUUACCUCAGAUUUCUAUUUAUCUGUCUAUUUUAUCCUUCUUCGUGCAUUAAAUAAGAUACAGCUACCUUGAAUGUUCUUGCAGCUUUACUGCCCUCUUUCCUUGCCAGCUGAUACUUUAGCAAGUUUGCAGUUUCUAUAAGUCUCAGUGUUUCCUUUCAUCAGAAGGUUUUCCUCUUAAAUCUUGCAAGUGUUUGUUGUUUCACACCUACAAGUUAAUUUUUUAAUUUUUUUUGAAAAAUGCUGGUGCUUAGACUUGUGUUUGUGCCUUGAUUUUUAUAUCACAACUGACCGUUCUUCCAAAGUCAUCACCUUAGACAACAAACCUGGUUAAGAACUAGACAGUAUGUCUGUUGUUUUGUUUUUCCUCUACCUCAUUAUUAAAGUGUUCAUCCUCUUUUCUCAUUGUUUUCUUAUCUGUGGACUUGGUUAAAAUUCUCUCUUCUAUUUUAGGUUCAAUGGUUUGGUGGUUUUUCUUUUGUUUCCUACUUUCCUGUCCACCUCUCUCAGUAUUUCCAAGCUGCUUCCCAAAUACAGGCUCUUCUAUAACUUCAGAUCUUUCAAAGAGUCUUCCUGUACCCUACUUUUUCUGAUACCAUAUCAUUUUGAGGCCCAUUAUCAAAAUGCUAUUUUAUGAACUUUGUCUCUUUGAAACAUAGUAUUUGAUUGUGACUAAGCAAGUGAUCCUGUAUGUGUGUUGUCACUUGCAUGUUUAAUACUUCAGAUAAAGUUGCUCUUUAAAUAAAAUUGAAUGUGAUGUUCUGAAGUGGUCUUCUACCUCACUUAAAUAUUCAUGUAAAUGUUUAAAAGAAAAAAAGAAAACAACUUUGUUAUUUUUUGUUGUUUCUGGUUAUUUCUUGCCAUGUUUUCCUUUUCAAAACUCAGCAUAAAAUCCAGGUUCUUUGUUCAGAAAGCUGCCUGCCUUUGCCAUUCCUCUGUUGCUGCAAUGUCGCAAAGAAGGUGAUGUGAGCAGGAGGCAGUCUUAAGAAACAAAGAGCUGUGUGAGUGAAAAAGCUUUGAGCCGAGCGUAAAGAAUACCUCAAAGGAUCAUUGUGCUGGUUGUAUUCUGCUCAGUUCUUAUAUGACAUUUUCAGCCUGAUGGUUAGCAGUGAUUCCUAAAGCAUAUUUAUUGUGAGGUACCAAAUUGCAAGGAGCAAAGUUUUUUGAACUACUUUAGAAGUGUUGUGAUAAUUUGAGAUUUUUUUUGGAAUAAUUUCUGACAUAGCAGACGUGAAACUCGUGAAGUGUUACGAUGCCAGCUGCAAAAACGACGUAAUGAGAUAGUCUUGGAAUUAAACUGUGCUGUCAGAGGUAUUUCUUGCAGUAUCAUCACAUACCCUGUAAUUGCUGACAUAGUUCACUAGGGAGCAAAGUCUCAUAGUUACUUAAAGAGGGGCUAUGUUGUUUGUACAGCGAUAUAGUUCUAGAGACCUUUUCAGAAAGUCUGAAUGGGAUUUUCAUGGACGGAACCAUGGCAUAAAUACUUGCUAUGCUGUGGGGAAGUGGGGAGAACAGUGAAAACCAGGCUGAGAGCUGCGGUGUUACCCUACAGUUACGGGUAUCAUGACUGGGAUUAUUUCUUGGGAAACUCUUCUGCACAGGCGUUUCAUUUUUAUCAAACAAUUCUUAAAAGUGGCUGUGGUAAAAGAAUAAUGCUAAAGGAAGAAAGCUUGUAGAAAGCAUGGGUUUUAGUUUCCUCUCUCAACUGACUAGUUCAGCUUGGUAAUUGCCUAAAAAUUUUCUGAUCUAGAGGCAGAUACUUAGCAUGUUCUUACCACCUGAUCACUGAAGUGGUCAAAAACAAUUGUUUUCUAUCUGCCUCUGGUUCUUCAGUUACUGGAUUCAUUGUUUCUGAUGCAGCUUUCACUUCUGUAUCAUUUGGAAGCAGGGGCAGGUCCCAGCAGGAGAAGGCUUGGCUGCCCACUUUUUUUUUUACCCCCCCCCCCCGCAAGGAGAGUUACCCAGCCUCAUUUUACAUCCAGAUAGCCUUAGACUAUUCCUCAUUUUCAUACUAUUCUCUGUGAGAACAGUGGCAGACUUUUGAAAUUGCUUGGUCAGAAAAAUUAUCUAUCUUGGAUCUUUUGCAGUAAACUCAUUAUUCAUUUAUUUUCUAUUCUUUUCCUUCCCAGAGUGCUAGGUUUUCCUAGUUUGCUGUUGCAAUCACUCACUUGAGCCAAUGAAUUGCAAUGGGUGAAGAGGUGUUCAGAAAAAUAGAAGUAGAGAAAAAAUGUCUAAUUUUUCUUAAUACGACAUUCUGUCCAACAUGCUGCCUGUGUGCUACCUCUUCUAUUGCUCAGUGACUGACUUAAAUGAGCCAGGUGGAAACACUGAUUUCCUCUGGAGUCUCGAAAGAAAACGGGAAGGCAGGAGGGUCAGGAAACUGUGAAAACACAAGUUUCUGAAGUUAUAUAUAUCCAGGUAAACUUUCUGUCUUUGAUUAAACAGAUCAGAAUUAAAACCACCAGCUUAAGCUGAAAGCUCUGCAACUGGAUGAAGUUGCCAGGCUCAGUGCUACAGCCGGUCAGUCAGUGCAGCAGCAUUGCUGCAGUAGCACUGAUGCAGAGAUUCCUUCAGCCAGGCAAGCUCUUUUCUGAGAAUCUGUUGAGAAAUACGUUUGUGUCUGCCUCAAAGCAUAACUGCAAAAUCCUGUGAAUUAAUAUAAAGAUGUUUUCUGUUCUGCCUGCAUUGCAAAGUGUAAAAUAGAAAUGCUAGACUAUGCGCCUUCUGCAGCCUGGAACUAUUUCGGUUCACACUUUUGCUUCUUCACAUUGGCUUAAAAAUUGGAAGCUUGUGCUAUAGCGAUCCUAAGACUGCCUUUGCUGAGACAUUACAAAAGGCUAACACGUUCUAGAAGCGAUCCUUAAAAAUGAAGGGAUUACACAAUUUGUGGAAUUAUGUGAUACUGACUGAUAUGGUGACUAAAGGUCAUGUUAUUGUAAUUAAGGUGUUGAAUACCAAAAUCUUUAUUCUCAAGAUAUUAACAAGGUGCACAGAUAGAAAUGUAUGAAGCUUCCACUGGAAGAAGAGAGGAUAAAAAAUACUUCCCUUCUAGUGAAGGAAGAUGAUCUCCCUAGAGUGAGGUAGUUCUUUCAAAGCUGUUUAUCCCAGAGUUUCCAGGCUUGCUAGGAGGUGGGCCUAAACAGGCCAAAACCCAAAGUGAGUUAGGCACACACAAAGAACAGAGCUCAAAGAGACGUAGGUCAGUUUGCAAACUUAAGUAUAGAUGAUCUAACUUUAUAGUGAAAGCUUCCAGAGAAGCAAUUCCAGUUUGUAGUAAUCAGGUGUCCACAGCAUUAUCUCCAUGCAAAGCUUUCUUGGUAUUAUCAUCUUCAUCCAUAAGAAGAUGGCAAAUACAGUGGUUCAUGAUGUGUUGUCGUUUUAUCUUGUUCCAGUCUUGUUCAAGAAGCUGCAGUGUACUUAGUGGAGAGAUCUGAGUAGGUGGAUUUUUCUGGAUUUUUCAUCACAGCUUUUUCUGUGAUGUUGUUGACGUAUCAGCAGGAAAAAGCAUCGUUUGUUACGUGAUAGAAAUGUGCUGGUUAAAAAGCUUCCUUUUGAAAAGCGUCCUUUGCUGCCAUUUAUUACCUGUUAGUAGCCUGGGCAGAAUUAAAAUGAGGCCACUUGGGAAGAGAGAUGCAAGGCAGACCGGUGCUCUUCCUCCAUAUGGGCACUGCAGGAUUAAUGCACUUGAUGAUGACUUUUUUUGAUAGAAUAAAUUGUGUGUAGUCUACCAUAAAUAUAAUAUGUACCUCUCUGUACAUUUUCCCAACUACAGGCUUACACAGCAUGCUGAAAGUGGGAAAGCAGGCCAUGAAACAGGAGGGGAGAGGAAUUACUUUACUUGGUGAUAACUUCUCAAAAUGGGAGGUAGCCUUUGCAAUUCCUGUCUGUACGCUUUGGCGUAAUUUGGCCAGCACUGGGCUGUUGUGCUCUACAAAUAAAGCCGUGAGUAUGCAGAGACAAUUCUCUAGUGCAGCCGCCGUUCGUUGUGAACAUUUCACAGCACAUGAACUGUGCCCCAGGAGUCUCUGCCAGACUCCAGCCCUAAUAACUGACGUGUUUGAUCCUGCCUCUCAAAUUUUGCAGAGGAAAUCCAGUGGGAGAAAAAACAACUAAGCAAAUUUCCUCUUUUGAGGCAGGGAUGGUAGGAGGCUUGGUUAUCCUUGUUAGCUUUCUGGGGGUGCAGGAGAAAGGACUACUUUAGUGGAGGAAUAUCAGAGAUGGCUUGUCUCAUGAUGUUUACAAGUCCUUUUAGAUGUCACUGUAAGUGCUCUUGCUCUUAGCUGGUAGAAGUGAAGGCCUGUCAGGAAAGGAAAAUGGCUUCUGAUGUUCCUGGAUAACUGUUUUAUUAGCUGCUACCUUCACAGUGUACACUUGGAUGACUUAGCUGAAGAAAAUUAGUACACCUGAGACUUUCAGUCAGUCUUGUAUUCGUUUAGAAUGAAAAGUAGUUUGAUCAGUUUGUGUAAAAACAUAUCCAUCCUUUUUUCCUCUCAAAAGAUCAGUGCUCUCCCUCAGGAAAGAAAUGAAAGCUGCUCCUGCUCCUUUAGCGAUUGCUUCUGAUUUCCACUGCUUUAGAGCAAAGUACAGCUGUGUCAUUGUAUCUUCCGCUUGACAGAUCAUCCUGAGAUGAGAAAAUGAAAGAAGCGUUCAAACCCAAAUGGGCAUUACGAGGGGAGCAGUUGUAUUGACCUCUUUCCGAAUGCUGCAUGCAUCCAGUAUCGCUGCAUGGGUUGAGACUUGCUAACCAAUUAGUCAUUUAUAAAACUUCCUAAGUGAAACACAGAGGAACAGCGUGACCGACCAGACUGAUACGAGAUUGGAAGUCAGAUGCUGACAAAUUCCAGUCUCCCUACUGCCACUUGCUCACUCAAUGGCCUUGGCAAGUCACUUUCCCUCCCUCUCCCUUACGCUCCAGAGCUGUAAUACAUCUGAGAGCAAUCCUUGCCUGUCUCACGAGGAUUUGGGGGAGCAGUGAGUGCUAUACAAGUGCUACGUAUUGUUAUUAAAACUAUAAUAUGUCAGGUAGUGCAGAUACAUACAUCAUCUGCCCUCUUCAGGCACUUGACUGUUAGCCUUAUGUCGAGGCACACCAAAAAUGUGCAGGAUAUCAGGUAUAAUGACGCAUUUCAGUCUUGAAAUUACUUGUGUCUUCAAGGUCAGAUUUGGUGACUUUAAUAUCUGUUUCACAGCUGCAAUACCAUGUUUCCGUCUAAUGGUAAUAAAUGAGAGUGUAACUCAUUUGUAAUUCCUUCUCUGUCUUCCUAAAUAUUUUGUUUCUUAGGAAGCUGAUGCUGCUAUGAACAUAUUGAAUAAUACUGAAUUUGCAAUAUUCUGCUUUCUAGACAUAAAUGUUUAUAUUUAAAAGUGCUAAGACUGCAUUGCAAUAAAUAAUAUCCAUGUAA